AUGGGCAGCUAUACCUUCAAGUGGGAAAAUCCCACUGGCGAUGUAUCCGACGUUCUCGUUACCGGUUCGUUUGAUGGAUGGACCAAAUCGGUGAAGCUCGAAAAGCAAGGGACCAGCUUUCAUAAGACGGUCACUUUCGCGGAGAAAGAUGCUUCAAGCAAGAUAUACUACAAGUUCGUCGUCGAUAACAAUUGGACCAUCAACGAGUCCUACCCGCACGAAGCCGACCACGAGGGCAACGUCAAUAACUUCCUGACCCCGGACGACCUCUCCAACUCUAAAUCUGCGCAGGUGCCUGCACUCGCUGCAGCUCCCUUUAUCAACACCGUCACCCCCGAAUCCACCACCGUUGCCGAAAUGGCCAAGAAGAACAACAACAAGAAGAAGGCCGCCGCCGCCAGUAAGCAGCCUGCUGCUGCUGCUGCUGCUACUGCCGUAGCCGGCGCCCCCGCCUCUGAGCCCAAGCCCGAGACCAACGUCGCCGAGGCUGCUCCUGCCGCAGCAGAAGCUACUGCGACCCCAUCUGACGUCCCCGGAGGCUUCCCGGUGACGCCCUCCAAUGAGCCUGCCGACCUGGAGGAUAAGACUGUCAGCAUCAAUCCUCUACCAGCUACAGUUCCUGGCACUAGCAACCCUAUUAAGCUUGCCCCCGGUGAGAAGAUCCCAGAGGCAAUUGCCGCUCAGAAUAUCAAUGAGCAUGUCAAGCUAGACAAGGAGUCCUACGAGCGGAGCGACGCCCUUCCCGGCGGCCCUCCUUUCAGCACCACCGAGCUCCCUCCCAAGUCUGGCACUAUGAUCCCCGAAUCUAGCCUCCCUAUGGGCGAUCAAGCCGACGUCACCAACCCUACCAUUAACUCGGUUGGCCCCGGUGCCACGACUGUCGCCCUCGCCGGUCAGGUUCCCCUGGAGCCUGGCGUCACCAACCCUACCAUCAACUCGGUUGGCCCCGGUGCCACGACUGCCGCCCUCGCCGGUCAGGUUCCCCUGGAGCCCAAGGUCCCCGAGGUUGUUAAGGAGAGCCAGGAGAAAGCCGGCGUCGCACCCGAAGCAUCUGGUGUAGCUGAGGAAGUCAAGGAAAAGGCCAAGGUCGAGGAAGAAAUCAAGACAAAGGUUCCCGAGGCUCCUGCUACCUCUGUCGGCACUUCUGGCAUUGGAACUGAGAAGAAGGAGAACACUGGCGCUAUCCUUGGUGCUGCCACAGCUACUGGUGGCGCUGCUGUUGCGGCUUCUGUUGCGGCAGUUAACAAGUUUUCUGACGAUGCUACUCCUGCUGUGAACGACGCCAAGAAGGCGACUGUCGAUACAAUCAACAAGAACCUUCCUGCCACUGUAAAAGACAAGCUACCCGAGUCAGCCCAGGCCGCUCUUGCUAGUGACAAGAAGGACAGUCCUCUGGAGAAGAUUUCACCUGAAGUUCCCAAGGAGGUCAAGGAGUCUAUUGCUGAGGCUGGUAAGAGCCCUGAGGCUGCUGCAAGCACCUCUGCGGUCGAGGAGAAGAAGGAGGUCGAGAGCGAGCUGCUUAAGGAAGUGAGGAAGGCACCUGCUGUUGAUGAAGUGAAGAAGGCACCUGCUCUUGAUGACGCCGUCAAGCCCGCUGAAACAAAAGCCCCCGAGACAAAGCCUACAGUCGCCACGCCUGCAGCAGCAAGCACUCGGGCCCCAACUACUGUCUCUGCUGCGAAUGGAGCUACGGGCGCCGAAACCAAGGCUUCUGAGCCUCCUGCCGCGACACCAGCAACGCCCGCGACCAAUGGCAAUGGCACUGAGAGCAAGCCUGCCGCUGAAGGCGGUGCUGCCCAUGACAAGAAGAAGAGCCGCUUGAGUGUCAUGUUCAGCAAGCUCAAGGCCAAGUUGAAAUAA